AUGGACAAUGGCAGUGAAGGGCCCCGCAAGAAGAAGCGCAAAGAGAAGGACGACGAUGAACUCGCUCUCUCACUCUCCCCGCCCUGCCGGAAACCAACGACUCAAGACCGAAACUCCCUCGUUGUGACAUUCUCCUCCUCGUCUCCGCGGCCGCCCUCAUCUUCAGAGCCCCUGAUUCACAACCAGAAUCCCCCAUCCCAGGAAACCCUAACCCUAACCGUCUCCCCUACGCCGCAACAAGCCAUGGCUCUUCCCUAUGAUCGCCCGUCUUCUUUCCCUGCACCUUCACCGAUCCCACCUCACCAGCGCCAUCACAUCUACACUCCUCCGAUCGGGGCUCUUCCAUCAUCGCAGCGACCCCACCAGGGCGUCCCCCGAGCCAGGAAGAAUCCCCACCAGGGCCCACGCAAGGGAAAGGAUGAGACCGUGGAGCCACCCUUCCCAUGGGCCACCGACCGCCGUGCGGUGGUCCACCGGAAGGAUUACAUCCUGUCGCUGGGCAUCCGCACCAUAACCGGUGAGGUCAAGUGCAAGCGAUGCGAGAACAGAUUUUUCAUGGCGUACGACCUGGCGGUGAAGUUCCAGGAGGUGACCAACCUUAUUGAACGCGAAAAGCCCCAGAUGCACCAUAGGGCGCGGCCGGAGUGGUUGGCACCGACCUUCUCAGACUGCCCCACCUGCUGCCAUGCGAACUGCCUGAAGCCGGUGAUCGCCACGAAGAAGCGCGCCAUCAACUGGCUCUUCCUGCUCCUUGGGGGAACGCUGUGCUGUUGCACCAUCGAGCAACUCAAGUACUUCUGCAAGCAUACCGGGAACCACCGCACCGGGGCCAAGGACAGGCUCCUCUACCUCGUCUACCUCGGGAUCUGUAAGCAGCUCGACCCCCAGGAUCUGUUCGAGUUCGACCGCUAG